AUGCCGAGCGACGUAAUGAAGGUUAAUUCUGGUUGUGGGUGUAAUAAUCGUGAUUCGAGGCAUCUAUACUCGACUACAACCGAUACAUGGUUGAGAAGAUUCAAAUCCGCACUAAAAUUUGCGCCUUCGUCGAGAGUACAUGAGAAACCUUGA